UAUAAGACCCGAAUCUCGAAGCAUGGUCUUCCCCGACUAUAAGAUUCCUCUUUACGCCCUAAUCGCCAUCCGCCCGAAAGCCCCAAAACCUCGACGCCGAUUUGCGAAGCCAAGCCGCCUUUUCCCACGCCCAGGAAGUAUGAGUAAGCGAUACAGUCGAACCAUCUACGUGGGCAAUCUCCCCGGUGACAUUCGUGAAAGGGAGGUGGAAGAUCUGUUCUACAAGUAUGGACCCAUUAUUGAUAUUGAUUUGAAGAUUCCUCCAAGGCCUCCAGGUUAUGCUUUCAUCGAGUUUGAAGAUCCUCGUGAUGCUGAAGAUGCUAUUCGUGGACGUGAUGGAUAUAAUUUUGAUGGUCACAGAUUACGAGUGGAACUUGCUCAUGGUGGUAGAGGCCAAUCUUCAUCAUUUGAUCGACAUAGUAGUCAUAGUAGUGGGGGACGCCGUGGUGGUGUUUCCAGGCGCACAGAAUAUCGCGUAAUGGUCACUGGUUUGCCUUCGUCAGCAUCGUGGCAAGACUUAAAGGAUCAUAUGCGCCGAGCUGGUGAUGUCUGCUUUUCUGAAGUUUUUCGUGAUGGUGGUGGUACGAUUGGAAUUGUCGAUUAUACAAAUUAUGAUGAUAUGAAAUAUGCGAUUAGGAAGCUAGAUGACUCCGAGUUCCGGAAUGCAUUUUCGCGGGCAUAUAUAAGAGUGAAGGAGUACGACUCCAAGAGAAGCUUGUCUAGGAGCCGUAGUCGUAGCCGUUCAAACUCAAGAAGCCCAAGUCCGGCUCGCAGCAGGAGUCGGAGCCGAAGCAAGUCUCCUAAGGAAAAGUCAUCACGCCGUUCCUUGUCAAGGUCUCGAUCAAGAUCUGCAUCUUCUCGUUCUCGAUCAGCAUCCAAAGGACGCUCUUUGUCAAGAUUUGGGCAUAAGCGGGGAUCUCUGGAUUGCAUAUUAGGAUCUGGAUUGGAUUUGGUACAAAUGCUUGCAACUCUUUUGGUGUUGUGAGGUAUGCUGUUUCAUAGACAAGUGGUUUAUGAAACCUGCAGCACAUCUUGAUGAUUACCACUAAUGGCCUUUUCUGAUAAUGGGCCUCUUUGGGGGCAGAAAGGAUUGGUUGCGCAUUAACGAGCUGGAUUAUUCUAUAAGCCAAGUGGAAUUGGGCCUCACUGGACAAGUGCUAGGAACAAGUUUUGCCAUUCUCCAACGUUCUCCCAGUACUAUAAGUUGCACUCAGGAUUCUGGAUGUAGCUUUAUUGGUACAAUAAAAAAUCCUCUCAAUAGAUUAGGAUAAUUGUUGUUGCAUAGGUACCUGAUAAUAUAGAUGCUUGCAUUUUUAUAUAUUGACUAGGCUUGCAAGUUUCUAUUGAUCUAAGGUAGUUUUUCUUUUACUCGAAGGCACAAGCAAUUACAUUUCAUGAGUGAUCACAAGUUGAUUUUGUAAUAAUCAAAUGCUUCUAAAGUAUUUUGAAUUCUUUGUUCUGCCUUCCCGCUGACGUGGAAGAGACGUUGAGGAUUUUGGAUCAAGUUGUUAAAGCAGCAAAA